UUGUGGCGGCGUCGCGUCGUAGACCGUAGCAAUUCAGUUGACUAGUUCAACAGUUACUGCACACUGCUCAUUCACUUUGGUUCUUUCGACGCAGACGUUAGUCGGUCCCGUCUUAGAGCCACCAUAAUUUUGUCUUCUAUGGGUACUGCGAAGCAAUCCAGAAUUUUUAUAAUAAAAACAUAAUUGUUACAAAGGUAUCUGGCAUUCAUCAAAUAAAAAUGGCCGAUAAGCCAUCUCCCAAAUUGAAGGCGAAAAAUGUGCAUACAACAGUACCAACUUCGUCAAAUGCAAGUACAUCUAAAUUACCACGGCUAAGAGUACUGUCUCUUUUCGACGGAAUUGGUACAGGGUAUCUUUCAUUGAAGGAACUAGGAUUUAAUGUUGAAGUAUUUUAUGCAUCUGAAAUAGAUAAAGAUGCUUUAUUGUUAACAAAAUAUCAUUUUUCCAACAUUAUACAAUUGGGUUCGGUCACUGAAAUAACCAAUGAAGUGUUGGACAAAAUCGGACCAAUAAAUCUGCUGUUUGGUGGAUCACCAUGUAAUGACUUGUCUAGCGUCAAUUAUCGAAAAAAAGGCAUUUACGAUCCAGAUGGUACUGGUAUAUUAUUCUUUGAUUUUUAUCGUAUAUGGAACUAUCUACAAGAAAAAUGCCGUAGAGAUAAUACACCAUUUUAUUGGAUGUUUGAAAAUGUGGCAAGCAUGGAACUUAAGAAUAGAGAAUACAUCUCAAAAUUUUUUGAGUGCCAACCAUUUGUCUUCGAUUCAUUACACUUCAGCCCACAAAGACGGAAAAGGUUUUUUUGGGCCAAUCUCCCAGGCCUAGAGAAGCUGUCUUAUGACUGGGAGAUUGGCCUAAUUGGUACUAAUGAACACAAACUGGAAGAAUAUUUGGCAAAGAGUCUAAACAGACGGGCUAAUGUAGAAAAAAUUGGAACCAUUACUUCAAAAAGAAGUUGCUUACAAGAUGGUAAAUCUAGAAAUCCUGUUUGUCAAGACGGACAAUACACGGGGCUGUAUAUAACAGAGAUUGAAGCCAUCUUUGGUUUACCUCAACAUUUUACAGAUGUCGGUGAUCUAUCAAUUGCAAGUCGCCAAAAACUUAUAGGAAGAGCAUGGAGUGUUCAAGUAAUUUCAAAACUAUUUCUUUUAUUUGAAGACACAUUUGCUAAGAUUAAAUAAAUUUGCAACAAUAAACUAUACUUUAUCCGA